AUGCUACGAGUAUUUUUGCUAAUUGGAGCGGCAACUACUAUAGUUCUCGCCUCAGAUGCUCAGACACUCUGUGGAAGCCCAGAAGCCCAGCUCAGCUGCGGACAGUGCAUCAAAGCUCAUGCUGAUUGCGGUUGGUGCAUCGAUCCGCAUUCGCCUCUGAUUAACCGUUGUGCCGAAAAGAACAGCUUCACCAACAAUACGUGCACUCCUCAUUUGAUCUACUCCCCGCAAGCCGCUCAAGUCAAGGUCCAACAGAAUCUUCCGUUAGAGGCUCUUCAGCACGAUGGCAAGACGCCGGUUCGCAUGCAGCCACAGGCCGUCAGCGUCCGCCUCAUGCCGGGACACUCGGCGAGCGCCGAAUUCAAGUAUCUCCAUCAUUCGGAUCCAAACAGAAAAAGCGAAGAGCCAGAAGUAAUGGAGAUCCAAACAUCGGAUAUUAAGGAAAGCCCGGUGAAGCUGAAAUUCUUCAUCACCUGCGAUGGAGUUGAAACGGAAACCAAAACCUGUAACGUGAAAAACAAUCAGAUUGUUGACUUCCGCAUCGAGAUCAUUCUGGAUUCUUGCUCGACGAAUGGAGACAUCACGUUGUCAGUGGGUGUUCGUGGCCAAAGAACUAUUGCUGGAUUGUACAUUACAGCGGUUUGCGGAUGUGAAUGUGAAAAGCACCCGGAAAUGAAUUCCCGAUUGUGCCAUCAAUACGGACAUCUUGUUUGUGGUCAAUGUGUUUGCGAUGCAACACGCGGUGGUGACAAAUGCGAGUGUCCUUUGGCGCUUCACGGCGUUUCAUCGGCUCUCCAGCUCACCGAGAAAUGUAAAGCCGAUUCAUCUUCUCAAGUCUGCAGCGGAGCGGGUCGAUGCGAAUGCGGCCAGUGUCGGUGCACAAAUCUAACUGUGUCCGGAAAAUAUUGCCAAUGCGACAACACUGCGUGUCCGGCGUCGCCAAACGGCCAACUCUGCUCUGGAAAUGGUGUAUGCGAUUGUGGAGUGUGCAAAUGCGAACAUGGAUGGGAAAGAGACGACUGCAGCUGCUCAACGGCCACCAAUAAUUGCGUGGAGAAUGGAGAGCUCUGCUCAAACAAUGGUCGUUGCGAAUGCAACCGAUGCGUUUGCAAUGCCGGAAAGACGGGAGCAUUCUGUGGAGUUGACGAAGAGGUCUCUGAAGAGGUUACCUAUGCCCCAGAGCCCGAACCGGAACCAGAGCCAGAGCCACAACCAGAGCCAGAACCAGAACCACAACCGGAGCCAGAACCCGAGCAGGCGUCAACUGAAGCUCCCGAAGUUGACGAUGAGACCCUCACCAAGCAACUUGACGACGCUGACAAGCAAGUGUCCUCCACCUUCGCCAUUGCUCAUGGAAUCGUAUCAGCCAUCGUAGCAUUGAUCGUCUUCUUCUAA